UAUAGUGAAAAUGGCACCUGAACUCAUUUUUCUCCACUCCAGCAGUACUCCUGAAUGGAUUCAUGUUCUCCUGCUUAGCCCUCCUGGCACUGGAUAUCAGAGGAAAAGCAGCCAGUGGGCCUCUGAUUUGGCAUUGAACUCUUGACCAGAUCAGGGCCCGGUCCUGAGCUAGCUUUCUGCUGAAAAUCCACUUCCCCUCCCAGCUGCUGUUUGUGUGGAAGUCUUGCUAUUUGGUCUUCAGGUCCUGGAUGGUGAGGGGACAGUUAAAGGAGGGCGAGCUUGCUCAUACAAGUUUCCAGGUUAGAGGUCAUAGCCCUCUUGCACAGCAGAACACUCUGUUCUCCACCUGGGAGCACAUAGCAUUAUCACAGUGACUGGCCUGGAUCAUGUUGGGAGGAAAAUGCCCCAGUGGAAAACAAAAAAUACACAGACAACUAAACAGGCCUCAAAGGAUACUGUUUGGACAGAGACCCUACUGGUGGGUACAUGAGACGGAUUACUAUGGCACUGUAACGCCUCCUGUGAUUCGGCAGUUUCCCAUCACCUGUGAGACUGGUCCAGGCAGCCCCUCUGGUCAUGCCAUGGGGUCUUCUGGGGUCUACUACAUCAUGGUGACAGCACUGCUAUCGCAGCUAAUGCCACUGCAUCAAAAGACCGUGACUGCCAGAUGUCUGCGCGGCGUCCUCUGGGUAGGAUUUUGGGCUGUGCAGGUCUGCGUCUGCUUAUCCCGAAUCUUUCUUGCUGCACACUUCCCACACCAAGUGAUCUCAGGUGUGAUCUCAGGGAUGCUGGUGGCAGAGGUUUUUGAGCACAUCCACUCCAUUUACAAUGCCAGUCUGUGGCGAUACGUAGGCACCACCUUCUUCCUCUUUGGCUUUGCCCUGGGCUUCUACCUGCUGCUCAAGAUGCUGGGCGUGGACCUCCUGUGGACGUUGGAGAAGGCCCAUAAGUGGUGUGAACGGCCAGAGUGGGUCCAUAUUGAUACAACACCCUUUGCCAGCCUGCUUCGCAACCUGGGUAUCCUGUUUGGCCUGGGGCUUGGCCUCAACUCCCCAAUGUAUGCAGAGAACUGCGAAGGGAAGCAAAGUCACCGCCUGACCUUCCGCCUCAGCUGUAUUGUUUCUUCCCUGUUCAUCCUGCACCUGUUUGAUUCCUUUGAACUGCCCACUGACAGGGAGACCCUGUUCUACAUCCUCUCCUUCUGCAAGAGCACCUGCGCUCACAUCUGUGCUGUGGCUGUGAUCCCCUAUUGCAUCUCCUGGCUCCUCGGGCAGACAGCGAAGAAAGACUUAUAGGGAACAGAAAGCUUGGAAUUGAGCUACCUUGGACAUGGUUCCUCAUUCCACCUCUUGCAGGGGCCCUCAGGCCUAAAACUUUAUAAACCAAGGAAUAUUGUUGACUCUUCUGUGGGAGAUCAAACAGAGCUCUUCUGCAAAACGCUGAUGAAUAAGGAUCUCCUCCAGAUUAGGAUCAGGAACAUUCUGGCAUUCGGGCAGGAAGGGCAAUGAAUGGUACAGGUUUCCCAGCCAGGGAGUGGAAAAUGACUGGUGCUUACAUGUGUAUUGUGAAAGAAAGUCUGAAGAGUCUCAGCUAGAACAGGAGGAUGGUUAAAGUGCUUUGUUCAUUUUAAAGCCAGCUGGGGUGCAUGUUGUAUAUUCAAUAGCAGCCUGUGGGAAUAGAUUGCACUUUCUGCUGUCUGCCCACAUUAUUAUUCUCUAUUGUUCUGGUGCCUUCUCCCCAUUUGUCCCUUUUCUAUAUUCCUAUCCCACCCUUUGGAUGUCUACAUGCAUCUCAUUUGUCUCUUUUCCUCUGUCAGCCACAAAUCUCAGGCUUUCCCCUUUGUCUCCCUUACUUUGCUCUUGGUCUUUAACAUCUGUCCAGAUUUAGUCUUGUGGGCUUUGUGGAUGAUUGCUCCUAACAUGUUUUACAUUUCUAAUAAUGUCUUUGGCACAGUAUGGGUGUGACAGCCGUGCAAACCUCAAUCUACCUGGUGCAGGUGUGGGUGUGACCUUCUUAUGCUAAAGUGUGAGGCACCCAGUUAUGUUUUACUAGGGCUGCAAUCCUAAGCACACUUCCCAAGAACUGAAUCAAAGCUACGUAAUAUUGCGCAAGAGACAAACUAAUGGAUUAAAUAACUUGAACAUGAGCAAAAGAA